GUGCUUUUCCAGAGUGUUGUUGCUCUAUGUAUAGCCGUCAUUAUGCCAUUCACGAGACGCAAGCUUCCACCCAUGGCCGCUCGCGCCCAAAUCAAGACCCCCGUCUUCAUUCGUGGAGGCCCACAGAGCCCUCUGCCUCCAUCAGCACGAGCUACUGUGACGGUUCCGAAGGAUGGAAACUACCACAUUGCUCUCGAUCACGACGCAGGCGUGCCGCGACGCAGCAUUGGGCGUCGUUCUGUACCGACUGCCAUUGCCGUCGUGCCUCCAGUUUUUGGGGCAAUCACCAUCGUCGCUCGUCCUGACCGCCCAGAUCUGGCAGUGAAGCCCACUCUCGGCCCACCCAUUAUAGAGGAGUCGCAGGAGGAGCUCACAGAAUCUGCCCUUUCUGAUUUCGAGACCGAGGCACGAACCCCAGCAGUAAGCCCAGAAGCUGCGAUAUCAUCUGCGGAGUCGUCGAAAAAGACGUCGCUUCCGCAACGAGUGACGAGCAUCUUCCGUCGCAAGAACAAAUUUCCGAGCAGUGCGGGCGAGAAAUCUGCCAGGUCGAGGACGCGCAGUCUGUCUCCUGUCCGCAAGCUGCUCCCGGAUAUAAGAUCGGACGGCGAGGAGUCAGCCACCGCGCGUAGACGCUUGCCUUACAACAGGAUGUCGAGCGACAGCGUAGUAUUGGAGAGCAAGUUUGUCAAUCCCUUCAAGCGGAAGGCUAAGAGGAGUGGUCGCGGUAUGUGCAGCUCAGCUAUGGCCUACAGUUCUCUAUUUGACCUAAUACGCUCUAGCAUAUUUCCCCAACACUCCAGAACUUGCUUCCCCGCCACUACCUUCUCCACCUGAGACUCCGCCUAUGGGCCACCAGCGACACCGCUCGUUUGUCUCCUACUUCAAUAAGGCGAUGCACCCGCUGCACGACACCUCAGCCGACUCUUCUCCGCGACGCUCGAGCAUGUCCUCGUUCGCCACCCGCUCAGACGCGUCUUCGAGCAGCGCCUCGUCGUACUACUCUUAUUCAUUAUUGUCCGCUUCCCCUUCCUCGCGUUCUCCGAUUCUCUCUGAACGCAGCACCAACCGCACGCAACCCUACAGCGCACCAUAUUAUGCCGCAAUGCCCACUCCGCAACCGCGGCGCUCGUCGUCCGCACGCAAGGUCGUCGAGAUCCGCCAGCCGAUUAGCGAGGGUGAGGAGCCACUAGAGGAGAGGACGCAGAGCAGCCUCAGUGGCCUGGAGGCGGGCUCACUGGCGAGAGGCAGGGCUGUCGCAGGCGAUUGUGUCUCGGACACUGAGGUUGCGCACAAGCGCCGCUACCGUUUCAUUGACGAUGGCAGGGAUCAGGCCAGGUGACUCUUGUGCACGUCCGUGAUGUACAGCAUGCAUGGACAGCUUUUUGAUGAAGUUUUACGGACUUCAGGGCUUAGACGAAUCAUGGCAAUGACAACGACAGCU